AUGGCCAACUCCCUCCGGGACACCCACUCCAUUUCCUACGCUGGCUGCCAUGCCCAAGUCUUUCUAGUCUUCUUGGCCAUGGCCAACUUCACCCUACUCACCGUCAUGGCCUAUGACCAGUACGUGGCCAUUUGCCAGCCCCUGCACUACGAGAGCGUGAAGAACCAGAUAGCCUGUGUCUACAUGGCCGCCGGCGCCUGGCUCAGCUUUGUGCUCUACUCUGCCCUGCACAUGGGAGGCACCUUCACAAUCUCCUUCUGCGGGGGCAACACGGUGGAGCAGUUCUUCUGUGACACGGAGCUGAAAGGCAGGACACGGUGUAUGGAGGAAGAAACGCCCAACCGCACCGCCGUGGCCGAGUUUCUGCUGCUGGGAUUCUCUGACGUGCGGGAGCUGCAAAUUCUGCACUUUGUGCUGUUUCUGUUGAUUUAUCUGGCAGCCUUGGUGGGGAAUCUUCUGAUCAUCUCGGCCGUAGCCCUCGACCAUCAUCUUCACGCCCCCAUGUACUUCUUCCUGGGCAAUCUGUCCCUCCUAGACAUUGGCUCCAUCUCUGUCCCUGUCCCCAAAGCCAUGGUCAACUCCCUCCUGAACAGCCGCUCCAUUUCCUACGCUGGCUGCGUCGCCCAAGUCUUUUUCUUUAUGUACUUUGCUGUCACCGAGUAUUCCCUACUCACCGUCAUGGCGUACGACCGGUACGUGGCCAUCUGCCAGCCCCUGCACUACGAGCAAGUGAUGAGCAGGCGAGCAUGUGUCCACAUGGCUGCCAGCGCCUGGGUGAGCGUUUUUCUCUACACUGCCCUGCACACCGGGAACACGUUCAUGAUGUCCUUCUGCGGGGGCAACACGGUGGAGCAGUUCUUCUGUGAAAUCCCCCAGUUGCUCAAGCUGGCCUGCGCCGGCUCCGACCUCCCUGAAUUGGGGGUUAUUGUCUUCAGCACAUGUGUAGCCUUAGGUUGCUUUGUUUUCAUCGUUGUGUCGUACGUGCAGAUCUUCAGAGCGGUGCUGAGAAUCCCCUCGGAGCAGGGCCGGCGCAAAGCCUUCUCCACCUGCCUCCCCCACCUCGCCGUGGUCUCCUUGUUCUUUUUCACGGUCGCCUUUGCCUACAUGAAGCCCACCUCCGGCUCCACGUCGCAUCUGGAUCUCACGGUAGCCGUGCUCUACACCGCGGUGCCUCCGCUGGUGAAUCCGGCCAUCUACAGCAUGAGGAACAAGGAGAUCAAGGCAGCCCUCAGGAAACUGAUAGUGGGCAGGUUCUGCACCAAGAAUGCAACCCCCGUCUUUCGUCUCUGA